CUCCAUUUCGUCUGAAGCUGGGUUUCCCUUCAAUUUUCACUUCCCGGCGUUCAUUUCUGGACUGUUUCAAAGUGGAGAGAUUACAGUUCUUCUUGCCGGAGAUUUUAAGCUCAUGGAACCCGCUGCAGAACCUGGAUCCGGAUCCGGAUCCGGAUUGGAAUUACCUCCAUCUCAAUCUCAAUUUACAGUUUCGCCGCCGGAUAUCACCACUCCGUCCUUGACUGUAGACGCCAUAACCGAUUCUCAACAAGUCGAAGCUGCUUCGCCGAUUAGUAGUCGCCCUCCUGCAUCGUCUUCCUUGAAUUAUGAGGAACUCUUUCGUCUCUCCACUACUGUCCAGAUGCCGGUCGUCGGCGAUGAUGAAGCACUUGCUGGAGAUGAUGCCGACCGAACAACCGGUAGUAGCGGCGCUGGUAAUCGAUGGCCUCGUCAGGAAACUCUAGCGCUGCUUAGAAUUAGGUCAGACAUGGAUUCCGCUUUCCGUGAUGCGACACUCAAAGGUCCUCUCUGGGAUGAAGUUUCCAGGAAGCUAACGGAAUUGGGUUACAACAGAAGCGCCAAAAAAUGCAAAGAGAAAUUCGAGAACGUUCAGAAAUAUUACAAGCGCACUAAAGAAGGCCGUGGUGGCCGUCAAGAUGGCAAAACCUACAAAUUCUUCACACAACUUGAGGCACUUCACAACGCCUCCGCCUCCGCCUCCGCCGCCGCAUCUACUCCCAACGUGGCGGUUUCUUGUUUCUCAGCGCCGCCCAUUGGUUUUGGAAUUAGUAACCCAACUCCAAUCUCAUCUGUCAAAAUCUCUUCCACUGCCAUUUCCUCACAGACCCCAAUGGGAAUCUAUUCACCUGCUGACCAUUUCACCGUCAGGCCACCGCCUGCGACCGCUCCUAUGGGUGUCAGCUUUUCGUCGAACACCUCGUCUGCAUCCACGGAGGAGGACGAUAACGAUGAAGAGGAGAUGGGGUUUGAUGUUGACCUUGAAGGGGAGCCGUCGAGUGUCGCCGGAACCAGUCGGAAGCGGCGGAGGGGGGUGGUUAAGGGAAGUGGGUCGAGAACCCAUAAGAUGAUGAUGGAGUUUUUUGAGGGUUUGAUGAAGGAAGUUAUGCAUAAACAGGAGGUUAUGCAGCAGAAGUUUCUGGAAGCGAUGGGGAAGAGAGAGCAGGAUAGAAUGAUUAGAGAAGAGACGUGGAAAAGGCAAGAAAUGGCUAGAUUGAGCCGAGAGCAAGAGAGAAUGGCACAAGAGCGGACAAUUUCUGCUUCUAGGGAUGCCGCUAUCAUUGCUUUUCUCCAGAAAUUUACUGGCCAAACCAUUCAAUUACCUGUGGUGAAUAUCCCUUCUUCUGUAGCCCCACACCACCAACAUCAACAACAUGAUGUGCCUGUGCCUACGCCUGUGCCUGUCCCAGUGUCAGUGCCCGUGCCAUUAUCUCCUGUCCCCCCUCCGCCAUUGCAACCACAAACAGCUCUGUCACUGCAGCAAAAUCAAAAAACCGCCCAGGAUCAGAAUCCGCCGCCUUCAAAUACACUGUCGCCAUUGGAUCAGCCAAUGCCAUAUCAGGAAAUCAGCCAAGGGGGAGAUGGGAGUGCCGAACCCUUCUCUUCAAGAUGGCCAAAACCGGAAGUUCUAGCUCUGAUUAAGCUGAGAGGUGGGCUUGAAACGAGGUAUCAAGAGACAGGUCCAAAGGGUCUUCUCUGGGAAGAGAUAUCAGCUGGAAUGCAACGGAUGGGUUACAAGAGAAGCGCCAAAAGAUGCAAGGAGAAAUGGGAAAACAUCAAUAAGUACUUCAAGAAGGUUAAAGAAAGCAACAAAAAACGCCGCGAGAAUUCCAAAACCUGCCCCUAUUUCAACGAACUCGACGCCCUUUACCGCAAAAAGAUCCUCGGCAGCGGCGGCGGUGGUUCGGAUGGCGGUGGUAGUGGCAGUAGAAGCUCGUUUAGCGACACGAGCAAAACCGAACAAGACCCCAUUAAGAAUAUGGACACGGAAAUAGCCCCAUCAACAGCUACAGAAACUUCUCAAACCAUACUCACUGAGGGCCUAUCCGCAAGCCUCUUCGGUGAAGGAACUGAAGAACAACCAGCAACAUCCACGAAGCCAGAAGACAUUGUGAAUGAGCUGAUGGAGCUGCACGAGCUAUGCCGACCUGAUAGCAACAAUGAAGAAGAGUACUGCAGCGAAGAUGAGGAUGAUACACCAGACAACGACGACAAGGACAAGGACAAGAACAAGAACACGAAGAACACGAAGAAAAUGGAUUAUAAAAUAGAGUUUGAGAGAAGAAAUGCAGGGAGCUCCAAUGGCGUGGGGAAUGAGUUUCAGUCAAUGGCGGUGGUUCAAUAGAGUGAGUGAGCUCCAUCUUCAUUUUCAUCUUCAAACACAACACACAACACACAACACACAACACAUCUCAAUCUUCUGUUUCAUUUACACCGAAAACAAUCCUAACACAUUUUUUUUCUUUUUUUUCCUUUACAAUCCCCAAAAUCAUCCUUAUUAAUCCUUCCAUUCCCCACCCAGAAAACAAAAAAUCAUUACCCAGAUUCUUUCCCUUCUAAUCUUCCUCAUACUCUCUUCAAGAAUUCAAUGAUUCCAUUUGUUUUGGGUGAAUAAGUUUGUGAUGAUAUUGUUUAUGUUGUAAUAAUAGUGUGAGCUUUAAGAAA